AUGGUGGUGGCGGAGCUGGAUUAUACAGGUAAAACCGCCAGGGGCUAUUGCAUGAGCCAUGUUGUCAAGUGUUUGCUUCAGUGUCUCGGAGUGAAUCCUGUUAUUUACGAUAUUGAAGAAAAUGAUGAAAAUAUAGUGGUGGCGGAGCUGGAUUAUAUCAGUAAAACCGCUGGUGGUGACUGGAAAGAUUGUCGACGUUUGCAGUUUCUAGUGGUUUUUCUCGAAGGUGAGUUGUUUGGAGGAUUGGAUCGGAUUAUGGCAGCUCAUAUUAGUGGGGAAUUGAGUCCUGUUUUGAAACAAGCCGGGGCCUUGUGGCUUUGA